UGGCUUCUCCCUUCUCCCCGCGCCGCCGCCGUCUCCCACCUUCGCCUCCCCGCCUCUCUCUCUGCCCGCUGUCUCCGGAGCUGGGGGGGAAGCGCGAAGCCCCACUGCAAUGGAGCCCGCCGCCGCGACUACGGCGCAGCGACUCCCAGAGACCAGCAGGGAGGACCGAGCUCCGGCUCCGGCGGCGGCUGCAGCGGCGGCCGCGGCCGCGGCGGCUCUAGCGGCGGCAGUCGGGGACGGCCGGAGCCCGGAGCCCGCGCUGACCCCGGCGGCCCCCAGCGGCGGGGCGCGGGAAGAGGCCCCCGGCGAGGCGCAGCUGGGAUUGUUGCCGGGCCGGCCGGGAGGCACGGGUCGCAGGAGGAGGCGCGGCGCCCCCCAGCCCACCGCUGGCGGGGCUGCCCCGGUGUCCGGGGCCGGCGGUUGCGCCAACUCCCUGCUGCUGAGGAGAGGGCGGCUGAAGAGGAAUCUGUCCGCGGCCGCCGCUGCCGCCUCGUCGUCCUCGUCCUCGUCGUCGUCCGCCGCUGCCGCCUCGCACUCCCCCGGCGCCACCGGCCUCACCGCCUCCUGCUCGGCCUCGGCUUCGCUGUGCGCCCGGAGCCUGGACAGGAAGACGCUGCUCCUGAAGCACCGGCAGAUGCUGCAGCUGCAGCCGUCGGACCGGGACUGGGUGCGGCACCAGCUCGAGCGGGGCUGCGUGCACGUCUUCGACCGCCACAUGGCCUCGACCUACCUGCGCCCGGUGCUGUGCACGCUGGACACCACGGCCGGCGAGGUGGCCGCCCGCCUGCUGCAGGUGGGCUACAAGGGCGGCGGCGUGGUAAAGGUGCUGGGCAAGGGGCACCCCGACGCCGGUCCCCGGCUCCCGCCCGCCGAGCCGCGGGACUUGGGGCCGCCACCCGGGAGGAGCGGACUGGCCGCCGUCGGGGGGCCGCAGCGCGCUCCUCCCGCCGACCUGCCGCUGCCCGGCGUCCCGGACGGGUGGGCGCUCCGCGCCUCCCGCGCCAGCCCCGCUCCUUCAGACUCCAGCCUGGGCGAACCGGGCGCCCCGCGGCUCCUGGACGGUGCGGCCGCGGGCCCGGCCUCCGACACCGAGAGCUUCAGCCUGAGCCCCAGCGCCGAGAGCGUGCUGGACCGGUUGGACCCCUACAGCAGCGGCGGCGGCUGCUCAUCGUCGUCCGAGGAGCUGGAGGCUGACCUGGCCCCGGCCCGGCCCCCGACGGGGGCUCCGGGACAGCCCCGCCUGCCCCGGCUUGGAGCGGGCGCCCGGCCGUCAUCCCCGACGGCCUCCCCGCCUCCGCCGCAGCCGAAAGCCCAGAGGGGCGUCGAGGGCCCAGGCGGCGCGUCCCGCGAUCAGCCUCGGGAGGAGAAGGCGGCGGCAGCAGCGGCCCUUGGCCGCCCUCCGUCGACCCAGGAUGGGAACGGGGCGACCGAGGAGCAGGCGCCUCCACCGCCCACCCUGUACGUGCAGCUCCACGGAGAGACCACCCGGCGCCUGGAGGCGGACGAGAAGCCGUUGCAGAUCCAAAAUGACUACCUCUUCCACCUGGGCUUUGGGGAGUUGUGGAGGGUGCAGGAGGAAGGCAUGGACUCGGAGAUCGGCUGCCUCAUCCGCUUCUAUGCAGGAAAACCUCACAGCACUGGUAGCUCUGAACGGGUUCAGCUCUCAGGAAUGUAUAAUGUCCGUAAAGGCAAAAUGCAGUUGCCAGUGAACCGAUGGACCAGACGCCAAGUUAUCCUGUGUGGGACCUGCCUAAUAGUAUCAUCUGUGAAAGACAGCUUGACCGGAAAGAUGCAUGUUCUGCCACUAAUUGGUGGGAAAGUAGAAGAAGUGAAAAAACACCAGCACUGUUUAGCAUUUAGCUCCUCUGGACCCCAAAGCCAGACUUACUACAUUUGUUUUGAUACAUUCACAGAGUAUUUAAGGUGGCUUCGACAAGUCUCCAAGGUUGCAUCACAGCGUAUUAGCUCAGUGGACCUCUCAUGUUGUAGCCUGGAGCAUCUGCCUGCCAACCUCUUCUACAGCCAAGACCUCACUCAUCUCAAUUUAAAACAAAACUUCCUAAGGCAGAGUCCCAGUCUACCAACUGCAAGGGGGCUCAAUGAACUGCAAAGGUUCAGCAAGUUGAAGAGUCUUAACCUUUCCAAUAAUCAUUUAGGGGGCUUCCCAUUAGCAGUCUGCAAUAUUCCAACCCUGGCCGAGCUGAAUGUGUCCUGCAAUGCCCUCCGAGCAGUCCCGGCAGCCGUCAGAGAUAUGCACAACUUACAGACAUUUUUGUUGGAUGGAAACUUUCUCCAGACCCUUCCUGCUGCGUUGGAGAACAUGCAUCAGCUUAGUUAUCUUGGUCUUUCUUUCAAUGAAUUCACUGACAUUCCAGAGGUAUUGGAGAAACUGACUGCUAUGGAGAAGCUGUGCAUGUCUGGAAACUGUAUGGAGACUCUUAGGCUACAGGCUUUAAGGAAAAUGCCUCACAUUAAACAUGUGGAUCUAAGACUGAACCUAAUUAGGAAGCUAAUAGCAGAUGAAGUGGACUUUCUCCCUCACGUCACUCAGCUUGAUCUGCGCGACAAUAAGCUUCGUGAUCUAGAUGCUAUGGUUUUCAACAACAUUGAAGUUUUACACUGUGAAAGGAAUCAACUGGUGACAUUAAACAUCUGUGGCUAUUUCCUAAAAGCACUGUAUACCUCUUCUAAUGAACUUGUCCAACUUGACGUUUACCCAGUUCCGAAUUAUCUGUCCUACAUGGAUGUUUCAAGGAACCGUUUAGAAAACGUGCCGGAGUGGGUGUGUGAAAGCCGAAAGCUAGAAGUUUUGGAUAUUGGCCAUAAUCAAAUAUGUGAACUUCCUGCACGCUUAUUUUGUAAUAGUAGUCUCCGGAAACUACUGGCGGGACACAACCAGCUGACAAGGCUUCCCGAAAGGCUAGAAAGAACCUCAGUGGAGGUCUUGGAUGUGCAGCACAACCAGCUCCUGGAGCUGCCACCCAACCUUCUGAUGAAGGCCGACAGCCUGAGAUUCCUGAAUGCAUCUGCAAACAAACUGGAAACCCUUCCUCCAGCCACACUUUCUGAAGAGACAAACAGCGUCUUACAGGAGUUGUACUUGACGAAUAACAACCUCACAGAUAAAUGUGUACCCUUAUUAACAGGACACCCCCAUCUGAAGAUUCUUCACAUGGCCUAUAACCGACUUCAGAGUUUUCCAGCAAGUAAAAUGGCAAAGCUGGAGGAACUUGAAGAAAUUGACAUCAGUGGGAAUAAACUGAAGGCCGUCCCGACAACUAUCAUGAAUUGCAGGCGCAUGCACACGGCGAUUGCUCACUCCAACUGCAUCGAAGUCUUUCCUGAAGUUAUGCAGCUCCCAGAAAUCAAGUGCGUGGACCUGAGCUGUAAUGAGCUAAGCGAAGUCACUUUACCAGAAAACCUGCCUCCAAAACUGCAAGAACUAGACCUGACUGGAAACCCCCGACUCGCCCUCGAUCACAAAACCCUGGAGCUGCUGAAUAAUAUCCGCUGUUUCAAGAUUGAUCAGCCUUCGGGAGGCGAUGCAUCUGGAGCCCCAGCGGUUUGGAGCCAUGGCUAUACCGAAGCUUCAGGGAUGAAAAACAAGUUGUGUGUUGCAGCCCUGUCGGUGAAUAACUUCCGUGACAACCGGGAGGCCCUGUAUGGUGUAUUUGAUGGAGACCGGAACGUGGAGGUGCCCUACCUUCUCCAGUGUACCAUGAGUGACAUUUUGGCAGAAGAGCUGCAGAAAACAAAAAACGAAGAAGAAUACAUGGUCAAUACGUUCAUUGUUAUGCAAAGGAAGCUUGGAACUGCUGGGCAGAAACUUGGAGGUGCUGCUGUCCUUUGUCAUAUCAAGCAUGACCCUGUGGACCCAGGAGGACCCUUCACCUUGACCUCUGCUAAUGUGGGCAAGUGCCAAACGGUUCUGUGUCGGAACGGGAAGCCGCUGCCUCUGUCCAGGUCAUACGUUAUGAGCUGUGAGGAAGAACUGAAGAGAAUCAAACGGCACAAGGCCAUUAUCACGGAGGAUGGCAAAGUGAACGGAGUGACCGAGUCCACGCGCAUCCUGGGCUAUACGUUCCUGCACCCCAGCGUGGUGCCCCGCCCCCACGUGCAGUCCGUGGCCCUGACCCCGCAGGACGAGUUCUUCAUCCUGGGCAGCAAGGGCCUGUGGGACAGCCUGUCCGUUGAGGAGGCCGUGGGGGCCGUGCGCAACGUCCCCGACGCUCUGGCCGCCGCCAAGAAGCUGUGCACGCUGGCGCAGAGCUACGGCUGCCGCGACAGCGUCAGCGCCGUGGUGGUGCAGCUCAGCGUCCCCGAGGACAGCUUCUGCUGCUGCGAGCUCGGCGCCGGCGGGCCCGUGCCGCCGCCCAGCCCCGGCACCUUCCCGCCCUCCGUCAGCAUGGUCAUCAGGGAGCGGCCCGCCGACGGGCUGGGCGUGCCGUCAUCCAGCAGCGGCCUGGCCUCGGAGAUGAGCAGCGAGCUCUCCACGUCCGAGAUGAGCAGCGAGGUGGGGUCCACGGCCUCGGACGAGCCCCCUCCGGGCGCCCUGAGCGAGAGCAGCCCCGCCUGCCCCAGCGAGCCGCGCUGCUCGCUGCACCCCGCCUGCCCGUCCAGCUCCUUCCAGCGCCAGCUGUCCAGCGCCACUUUCUCCAGCGCCUUCUCCGACAACGGCCUCGACAGCGAUGACGAAGAGCCCAUCGAGGGCGUCUUCACCAACGGCAGCCGGGUGGAGGUGGAGGUGGACAUCCACUGCGGCCGCGCCAAGGAGAAGGAGAGGCAGCAGCCCCUGCUGCAGCUGCCGGCCGAGGCCAGCGACGAGGGCAUCGUCAUCAUCGCCAACGAGGACGAGCCGGCCCUGCCCCGGAGGGCGGACUGUGCCGCCGUGGGGACCAUGGGGCGCCGGAGGGCUAACGGCUCCGUGGCGCCCCAGGAACGGAGCCACAACGUGAUAGAGGUGGCCACGGACGCGCCUCUCCGCAAGCCGGGGGGCUAUUUUGCAGCCCCGGCUCAGCCGGAUCCUGAUGAUCAGUUCAUCAUUCCCCCGGAGCUGGAGGAGGAGGUCAAAGAGAUCAUGAAACACCAGCAGCCGCCGCCGCCGCCGCCGCCACCGCCGCCGCCCUCACAGCUCCACGUGCAGCCGCCGCCGCGGCAGUGCCCGGGGGACCAGCUGCCAGACUGCUGUGACACACCGCUAUGACCCACCCGCGCGCUGCUUAAAAAUAAACUAACCAACAAAGGCUGAGUUGCCAGAGCCUCCCAGGCUCCCGUUAAACCAGGGGUUUACUCCACGCCCUUCUCCCAGACGCUUUCCCAGCCAGUCUUUGCAGCCAGUCUGUAGGUUCCCCUUCUGUUGGUCAUUUUUUAAUUACCACUUUUCUUCUCGUGAUGCUGUACCAAUAUGAUUUAAAUUUGUUAACUUCUUCCCCUAACAUAUCAGAUGUGUAAAGACAAAGAACAAAAGGUUUAAUAUAUUACAGAGAAACAGUUAAUGAUAAUGUAAUACUUUUUAAAGUGGCUUUGUGUUGUUUUGUCUGUCUGGAAGGCAGGGCAGGUUGCCAGUGCUAAAUGAUUUAAUAAUACUGUAAUUCUGUAUUUCUUUGCGGGGGGUAGGGGGGGAAGACUUUUUUUUUUUUUUUUUUGUCUUGAAAAUGAUAGACAUUUGUAGAAUAUGGAGACUAACUCCUAGGAGUUGCUUUACUCUGUCAGGUGACCUAAGUCACUGGAUUCACUAAUUUUCUCUGAGAGAACAGUUGAUUGAAAAAUUUCUAUUGUAAAUAGCUCAGUGUUGUAUAGUGAUGCUUCACAUGUUUUGUAGUUUUGGCAUAAGGGACUAAACAACUGACUUCCCUCCCCUCCCCCUCUGACACACCUUCCUGCCCACACCCCCUCAUCCCCCCACCUUUCUAAUUCAUUGAAUGAUGAGCCUGAGCAUUGCUGAGAGCAUUGCUGUUCAAAUAAGGUGGACCUUAGGCCACUGGAAACGAACCUGCACCCGAGGGGCCUCUGACCCUUUUUCUUCCUCUCCUGUUUCCACCCAGCCUCCUUUGUAGACACUUUUUAAUUGUGUUCCUUACUGCUGCCACAAUCAGCAUGACUGUAUAGAAUUCAGUUAGAUCAUUUACAUACCAAGAGUUAUAUUAAAGCAGAAUGCACAAGUGAACAUGUCAUUUUUGUUAUAAUAAAUAUAAAAUGUACAAGUAUUGGACCCAUCUGCUUUUGUCUCAAGAGCCAGAUGUGUCUUGCAGAUGCUCCCACCCAGCUUGGGUUUGGAAUGAAUGCAUGUAACUUUGGGGUCGUCAGAUACUUCCGACCUUGAUCUUUUUUUAAGGGAAAAUACCCAACAGGCUAACCUACAUUGAACGAACGUAGUGAAAUCAACCCUGUGGUUAACAAUACGCGUAGCUGGUCUUACAGCCUUUCUGUUUCUUCUUGUUAUUGUGUAGGGUAGACGGUAAAAGGGGAAUAGAUGAGGUUGCAUAGAGGAGAUCCCUGGAAAACUCCCACAAAGCCAAGUUGGUUUCCAGGUCUCUCAAGGCCCCCUCAAUCACCUGAACAUGUUAAUAGAUCUUUUUAUAAAAAUUGGAGUAUGGUUGCUUAACAAUGUACACCGGAGCUGGUUGCCUCGCUCUCUACCCCUAGCAGAAAUAAUGUCAGUGCAGUGGGGUCCACUAGGAAAUCCCGUAUUCCUAGCUGACUUACUGGCCCCAUUUACAGACUCUAGUGCCCCACCCCUCCCCGCCGACCCUGCAUCUUGUGAACCAUGUUUUGGAGAUGCUGUGGGUCUUCUCUCUUGUCUCAUGUGGACUAGCUUCCCAGGUAGAAUGGUUUUCCUUCUUCAGAUCUACCCUCCAGUGGUACCUGGCUGGUUCAGUGACAGGACAUGGCAACUGGUCUUUCUUGUAGAUUCGGUAAUGGGCUGUCCAUCCCCUCGCUGGGUGGUCAGAUCAGAGGACCCCCCCUUGUCUUGGUGACGUCCGUUCUUCAUUCCGUGUCAGGCUACUUGUACGCUGUGUACUUUGAAAACCACUAAGGCUGUGGAAGGAGAUUGAGUUCCUCUCAGCCCAUAAGGGACCCAGUGACCAAGGGACUAGACUGCCCAAGCCCGGGCAGAGCUCUCUGCUCUAGAGCCGGAGCAAAACUAUCUGAGGGUCCCUGCGCCCAGACCCACUCAGCAGCACCUUGCUGCCCUGUCGUCCCUCUGCUCCAAGUGGAUCGGAGCAGACUUGGAAGGCUCUGGGUUUUCACCCCAGUGCCAUAGUCACUACAGAAGAUCUGGGCUGGCUCUCAGACCUCCUCGGUGCUUAAAUCCCCUGUGGACAGGGCUCACCUGUUGCCUGGAGCGGGGUCUGCCCAGAUGGUCAGUGCGAAUCCGAUUCCACAGCAGCUCCCUUCCAGAGGAGCCACCAACACUUCCGCCCUGAGCAUGGCCAACAGAGGCAGCAAUAAUUUGAGGAGUCCACGAUGGGUCCCACAGCAACUGCUUGUGCCAGGGACAGCUGCUGGGACCAGCAAGUCCCAAGUGGGGGCUCAGCUCACGUCCUAACGUGUGUGGCUGACUGGGAGAAGGGGCACAGGCUUGGCGCUGCUGUUUUCCUAAGGCCGCGAGUUCAGUGCUUGCUUGCUUCUCAGUUUCUUAGACCAUUAAGUCACAUUGAGCACACGCCGCAUACAAGGCACUAUGGAGAUAAAGGACAAAACUGCCCUUUGGAAGCUUGGGGUAAAUAGGCAUGUGGGUCAAAAGUAAGAGAUGAGCACAUAUUAAGCGGCUAAAGACGCGGAGACCUACUACUAGGCCUCCUUGCUCUUGCUUAGGAGUCUCCCAGUUAUUGCCUGAGGAGGAGUUUCUUCUCACUUCUCAGCAAGGAAGCAUCUAAUAAUGUAUGCAGAACUGCUUAUAAAACUGUGAAGUGCUUAAUUGAAGAUUCCUCAAAGCCACGGUGAGCAUGAGGGGGAAGGGCAUCCCUCAGCCCCGCCCCACACUGUCCUUCCUGCUGGGAAGGCCAGCGAAUUGGGAGAGGGCUGGCGGGUGGGUGGGUAAGAGGCUGGAAGCUCUGACGGGGCUCGCAGCCUUGCUAAUAGACUCAGAGCUCCCUACCGAGGGCCCUGGAGGUUGCUUGGUGUUGGAUCAGCCACAGGCUGCCACGUGUGUGCCCACGGAAUAGUGGCUUUCCGGAGGGCACCAGGGCCAGGCUCAGGAGCCCCGACUCCCAAUCUGACCUGGUUUCUCUAGAUUGCUUUUGUCACAGCACCACCUGCUGGUGAGAUUAGAUUUUGGGUGGAAAUGGGCAUGACUCUUGGUCUUUCUCCUGCCCCUCUUCCAAAAGAAAGUUUCAGUUACUUUCAUUCCUAGACACCUGACAGAAAGCAAUCUCCAGCACUAUUAAGUAGUCAGAGAAAUAUUAGGGACACUGACGUGCAGACAUAUCAAGAUGUGUAGCCGGAAUCAUAGCAUCGACCUGGGAGAGAGGAAGUCAGUCUCCAACAUCCAGUUCUCCAUUCCCCAUAGGGAAAAAUAAAUAAAAACCCCCUAAUAUGCCUUGGAUCUAAUAGGACAACAUCAGCUCAUUGCUGGCACUGCCCAACGGAGACAAAGCACAAUUCCCAUGCGAACACUCCUCAGAAGGCACUUUGAAUUCACUCGGACACGUCAGGAAAUAGAAUUUUUGGACAGUGUGGGGUUUUUGUACAAUGUGGUAUCUGCCCUCCCUUCCUCCCCAGUGAUCAAACCACCUAAUUUGUAGAUAGUAAAGCCUUAUGUAAGUGGAAGUAUUGUCAUUGUUGUAAGUAAAGAACUAAGGGUGGUCAGAUAGAAAAUAAUUGGGAACACAGAAAAAGUAGUUCUUUAAAUUAAAAACUCCCAGAGAGGAAAAAAACCCAAAAACUCCUAGGAAACAUCUGUUGGAACUGUUACAGGAGGGAGGGAUGAUGUCAUGGUAGAAAAAAUAGGUUUUCCUCAUUUCUUGCCAUUGAAUUUCUUUUGCUUUCAGUUCAUCCCCCCAAAAUGCAUUUUGUGCAAAUGGAUCUGUGCAAACUUUAUUUCCCUAUUGUUGUUCACCUGUUGUGAACUGAUUCCUAUUGCUGCGUCUUUGAAAGAUGGCUCUCAAGGUUGUCCCCUCACCCCACCUUUACCAAAAUCGCAACCAAGUUCAGACUUAGCUUGGCAGAUCCACUGCCCUGAUCAGUAACAAAGCAGGAACUACACCUAGCAGACGAAGCUUUGGGUGAGAGAUAGGAAGCAAGCUCCACAGCCAACCUCACACCCACCCGAUCCACCAUGUCCAUUCACGCCACGCGUUUAGGAAGCACCAGCCAGAGCCGCCAGUGUGCUCAGCUCUGGGUCCCCUGCCCAGGACCACAAAUGCAGCGGGGCUUGGGUGCCACGGUAGCUGUGCUGACCUCCUGAGGUCUUGGUCUCAGCCAGUUGAGGGCAGACUACAGGCCCUACACGUUGCCCCCUGCCUUCUAGAAGACUAAGGUUGAACCUUGACAGGAAGAAAGGGCCCAAGGGGUCCCCAAGGCCGCCUUCCACUUUUCAGGCUGUGUGGUAAAGUAGAAAGCCACGCUGUCCCCUGCCCUGAAUUUAAGGACCCAUAAACAAGUGCUGCUUUUGUUGGGCUCCAGUUCAUUAGUCCUUCCAUUUUCUUCUAAAUCAGAAACACAAUGUUCUAUCCUGUUCAGAGGGGGGAAUGGCAGAACAUGUGGAGAAUUUUCUCCCGUCUGCUUAUGACUAGCACUUCUCGCACUGUCAUUCCUCUCUUCUUCUAAAGCCUUGGAAGUAAAACUGGCUUCAGGCUGAAAUUUCAAGUACUUUCUAGUCAUUACUAUUUCUUAGGUCUUAUUCCAAUAAACUGAACUUCCCCCUAAUUCCUAAUCUUAUCUAUUGGAAGAAAGUUGAAAUGGCAACUAAGAUCAUUUUCCCAAAUGGCGCAACUCCAGCCGUUGCCUUUUCCUGAACUCAUGUACAGGUCAUUUGCCUUUCUGAGUCUUUAAGAAAACUGCUUUGCAGU